AACUUGGCUGGAGGCGCACGGCGACCAUCUCACAAAUCUCAGAAGUGCUGAAAGCCUGCAACACGGCCAUUGUUGAUUCGAUAAGGUCGGAGAUAGAAGAUGGCAUGGAGGGGACAACUAUCUAAGAAUCUGAAAGAACUUCGAGUUCUCUUUUGUCAAACUUCAGAAGCGAGUUCUUCCACAAGGGCGUUCGUUGAGAAGAAUUACAAGGAGCUGAAGAAAGCAAACCCUAAGUUACCAAUACUGAUUCGAGAAUGCAGUGGCACCGAGCCUCAACUAUGGGCAAGAUACGACAUGGGUGUCGAGAGGGGUAUUCGAUUGGAAGGGAUGACAGAAACACAGAUCUCUAAAGCAUUGGAGGACCUUGUGAAAGUUGGGGCAUCCCUCAAAUCCUGAAGCAUCUGCCAACCAAAUCUGGAGAGCCUCUUGAAAGCAAUAAGCCUAAUGUCAAUGAGAACCACCCUUUUGGUUUAAUUAGCAAGUCAUCAACAUUCCAAAAACCAAACAUGAAUUUGCAUUGUAUCAAUCACACCCCGGUGGAUGAUCCAGUGAAGUGGUAGUUUUUGUUUCUGAAUGAAAUUUAUGUUUGAAUAAAAAUAAAAUUACCCAUAUGUAACAUACAUUUGCACACUAAUUGAAAAAGGCGUUUUAUGGUGGUUUUGAACUACCAUCUCACC